UUAUUAUUCGGAAUGGUUGAAGAUGAAUGUUCAUUUUCAACGAGAUCUGGAGAAAUUAGAAGAACGCAUUUCUAUAAAAAACACAAGACAUCAUCAGUUAAGAAAUGAACUUUUUGAUCUUAAAGAUCAGCUUGAAGCAAAUGGCGAAUUUUUACGAAGUCAUUCCGCAAGUAACGAAAUACUAUUAACUUCUCUGUUUGUUUUACUGAUUAUCAAGAAUUUAGGUCGACGUUUAUCAAAUCGGCACGAAUCACAAAAAAGUAUGCGGUUAUCUAUUUCGCAAUUGGGUGUUAUUGGAAGUGGAAGCAAUAUAGCAAUGAGCAGUUGUGGCGGAAAUGAUAACGAAGGUUUCUGUGAUUUUAGAGGAGGUAGCAUGGUUGGAAAAAGUAUUGAAUGGCCACAUUCUGGUUAUCUUUACAAGAAAAGUAAUAAAAAAAUCCAUAAGCAGUGGCAGAAGAGACGCUGUCGCAUACAAGAUGGUCACUUCUUAUUGUCACAUUCUGAUGAAUCUUUACCUCCGGCGAAACUUAAUUUAUUGGUAUCAGAUUGCAAACCAUCGGCAGAUGACGCAAAGGCCUUCGAUUUAUAUUGUCGAGAUCGUACAUAUCAUCUUCAAGCUGAUACAGAAGCCGAGGCUAAAAAAUGGAUGGUGGCCUUAAGGCAAGAAAUUUCGCGCUUAAAAACUAAGAUGUUGACUGACGAUUCUAUAGAAGAUAUUGAACGGAUAACUGCUACUGGCACUGAUUGUCUUGAACGAAAAUUAUGUGUUAAGGCUGUAAGAAAUUUGUCUGGCAAUAAAGAAUGUGCGGACUGCUCAUCCUCUGAAGAUGUUCAGUGGUUGUCGAAUACGGGUGCUCUAGUUUGCAUUGCUUGUAGUGGUGUUCAUCGCGAGCUUGGUGUGCAUAUUAGUCGUAUUCAGUCGCUCGAUCUCGAUGUUAUAUCACCUACUGAAUUUCUUAUUCCUCUUUCAUCUGGUAAUUCGCUAAUAAAUCGCAUUUACGAGUGGAAUGAACAUUUAUGUCUUCUAAAUAAACCUGUUCCUGGUUGUACAAGAUUUGAUCGUCAGAAAUUUAUUCAAAUGAAAUAUCGUAACCGUUGUUUUAUACAGAGGAUUGAAUCUGCUAAUGCUCUUUUCGCAGAAGCUGCUCGUCAUCUUGAUUUCGAAAAGGCUUACAGAGCAUUGCUGUCUCCUGAAAUUACAUCUUUACCUUUUCUGGCUCAUGAAGCUUUUCAUGAGAUGAUUAGACAAGGAAGCUCAUUAGCUCUUCCGAUCGCACAACUUGUAGUUCAAUUUAGGUUUCUUUUUCAUAUAUUUUUUUUCUUUUUUGAAUCUAAUCUACUAAAUUUUAUUAAAUAUGGAAUAUUAUUUAUUUUUGUUAUUGAUUUUCUUACGAAAUAA